AUGUUAAAAAAAAAUCUCAAACGUUUGAAGAAUCUUCAUACAAAUAAAUUAAUUUUGGAAUUGAAGGAUGUUGAAACGAUUAAUAUCACCACCGACUUUUGGUCUAAUCGGUCGAAUCAAUCAUUUAUGGUCCUCACUGACCAUUAUUAUAGCAAUGAUUUAGAUUUAAAAUCAACUAUAUUACAUUAUUCUUCGUUCAGUCAAAGUCACACGGCACGAAAUAUUGCCAACGCGAUUAAAUCCAAACUGCAAGAAUUAAGAAUAUAUCAUAAAAUUCAUUGUAUUGUGUGUGAUGGAGCUCCCAAUAUGUUAAAAAUAUUCAGUUAUUUAGAUCCGGAAAUCAAGCGUAUUUGGUGUAUAGCCCAUCGCUUGCAUUUAAUCAUAUGCAAUGGACCAGAUCUUUGGGACAAAGCAAAAUCGUUUCCGCCCCCAACAGCACCAUCCACAUUAACCACGACAAAUUCAUCUCAACAACAAUUAGAUACUGAAGCCAGUGAUGAUGAUGAUGAAAUUGAAGGCAUAGCCGACAGCGAUAUUGAUAUGAAUUCAUCAGUCGAUGUUGAUUCACAACAAGUAUCCAAUUUCAACGAUGAUGAUGAUCAAAACGUGAAAAUGUUGACCAAGAUCAACAAGAAGAAGAAAGUGAAUCACUGGGUGAUGAAGCAUCGGACAUUGAAGAUAUAG